UCCCCCGUACCUGGAAGCUGACUUGAUUGUGAUUGGUCGAGGCGAUCCCGUCACCUGUGACUGCUGCUGGUGAGACAGGCUGCUGGCUGUGCUGCUGUGCGGGAACACGAGGUCACAUCUGAGUGAGGAUCUAACCUGAGAGCUCGCCUACGUUUUCAAAACACGAUCUGAGCGGCUGACAGUGGGACACUUGCUGCUGUCGUCUCCUGGAUUUAAGACAGAUGGAGGGAGUGCUCAUUUUGAAAUCUGCUUCGCUUCCCAACUGCUCCUCUCUACCUUCUCCACCGGAUGCCCGGGAAGAUUCACAUCCGCAGUCAUCUUCAUCGUCUUCUCCUGAGCCUCCCGUCAUGUGUGUUACCACUGUACCACCUCCACCGCCUCCUCCUCCACCUCCACCACCACCACCACCUCCACCACCACCUCCACCUCCUCUUCUCCUUCCCCCUCCUUUGGACUCCCGUAGUGACCGGCGACGUUCCAUGAAGAAGCUGAACUGGGACACUAUCCCCAGCCAGCGCGUGCUGGGCAAACGGAACGUCUGGACGUGUAAGCGGCAGCAGAGGGACCUCGUGCUGGAUAUUCGGAGCAUGGAGGAGCUGUUCAGUCAUGUAGACAAGCGGGCAUCGAUACGCAACUCGAGGGUCAUGGGUCUGAAGUGUGACGGAAUGGAGAUUCCCCAGGAGCCUCAGGUCACGAUCCUCGACUCAAAAAAGAGCAUGAAUAUCGGGAUCUUCCUCAAACAUUUCAAGAGGCCAGCGGCGGAGAUGGUGCAGGACAUCUGUCAAGGGAACUGGCUCAGAUUUGGGACGGGCAAACUCAGAGAGCUUUGUAAACUGCUGCCAGAAGAAAGUGAGGUGAAGCGGCUGCUGUCGUUCAGUGGGAACCUCUCCGAGUUAGCCGAGGCCGACCGGUUCAUGGUGCAGCUGGUAAAAGUGCCGGGCUAUGAGGAACGUUUGAAAACGAUGGUGCUGAGGGAGGAAUUCUUUCCUCUCAUGGAAGAGGUGAAGAACUCUGUUGCUGUCAUGACCAAAGGAGCUAAUGAGCUGUUGAACUGUGACGACCUCCACUCAGUAAUUCGGCUGGUAUUAAAAGCCGGGAAUUACAUGAACGCUGGUGGUUACAGUGCCAAUGCCAUUGGGUUCAGGAUGACCUCUCUGCUCAAGCUGGCAGACACAAAGGCUAACAAGCCUGGCAUGAACCUCAUGCACUAUGUUGCCAAGCAAGCAGAGGACAUCGAUGCAGAGUUGCUGACUUUUCCCAGCCAGCUUGAAAACAUCGGGCCGGCAUCAAGAAUUUGCAAAGACGAGGUGAUCGCAGACUUUGAGAAGGAGAUCAAGAAGAUCGAGGAGGUGAAGCUGUACAGCAGCAGACAGCCUGGCCUCCUGCAACAAAUGGAAACGUUCCUCAUGAGGGCUGAGGCCAAGCUGGCCGAUGUGGGGGCCCAUCUCCAGGAGCUGGAUGCUCUGAGCAACAGUGUCGCUGAGUACUUCUGCGAAGACCCUGCUACCUUCAAACUGGAGGAGUGCUGCUCCAUCUUUCAUUCAUUUUGCAAGCGGUUCGACACAGCUGUGCGGGAGAACAGAGAGCGGGAGGCAGCAGAGCAGAGGCGCCGGCGGUCGGAGAGCAUGCGUAUGUCAGUCAAACGACGCUCCACGGUGUCUUGCCCGGGACGCGUGCCCGAUCAGGACUCGAGUUUGGAGUCUGCCUUGCACAGCUUUCUCUCCACCAUUCCGGGGGGAUUAGCCAGGUGCAAAAAGAACACGCUGCCUCCGGUCGAGGGAUCCCCCGCUGAGCGCACAUCUCUGAUCGUUCCAUCAGUAGAAAAAACUGCGGCUACGCCCCCUCCUAGACAAGAGAGGCCCGAGAAGAAGCAACCCAAACUGCAGAAAGAGAACGAGCAACUGGACAACGAGGGAGAAGCUGAGAAGAUGCGCGAGAUAACUCGGAAGGUGCUCCGCUACCAAAGCAGUAGAAGCAGCCUGAAUGGGACCAAAGUCUCGGGCACUCCUCCUCGGUCAGAGAGAGAGCAGAACACACCGGCUACCCCAAGCACCCCUCAGCCUAGAACCAGAGACCACUUCUUUCCGCACAAUGGGGAUGCAGGGUCCCCAUGGACUAUCCUAAGUCCCUUGACCUGCUCCCAAAGAAACCAACUCCAACAAAACGGACAGCCUCACAGACGCAGACUGUCCUCAAUGUCUGCCGGAGAUGACCCUGAUGAUGGAGUCUGGGAGAGUGACAAAGACAAUCAUCUCCCCGCUUCCUCCGACAGGGACAGUCCAACAUCUCCAUCCGUCGGUUCCGCCUCUCUACCCGAGUGCCCCAGUCAGAGAGCUGUGUCACAGGGUCCAAUGCUCAGGUCGGUUUCCAUGGAUGAAACCAGGCCAUCCCCAGCAUCCCGCUUCCGGCUUGGACACUUGUUCCAGAGAAGCAUAUCCCAGCGGUCGUACUCCUACGGAUCAAGGACGGAGAGUAUGAGAGAGAAAAGAGCAGGAGUCUGUCAUGUAGACGGGCAAGUGAGCACUUCAGGGUUUAUAUCCUUCUUCAGGCGCAUCGGAGGCAGAAGUAGGCCUGGCAACGUGGAGGAACGAAACUUCAGAGGAUCUAAUACCUGAUUAAAACGUUUUAUUUAGACAGAGACCGAACUUUGUCAUUUUUUUUUUGUGUUUUAGAUUAACGUGUGUUUGUCUUUUUUGACUGUUUUUUUGUCCUUCAGUGGAACCAAGGCAAAUGGGGACUUGCUUAGAGCUGUAAAGGUUUGUGGGGGGCAAACCUUCUUUUUGUCUUUUUGUCUUUUUUUCCUCUUUGUCUUGUCUUGUGCAAUAAAGGGUGACUUUCUA